AUGGCUCUUGCAAUAUUGCUUGCACGCCUGUCUUACCCUCGACGAGUACGAGAUCUUGAGAUUUUUUUUGGGCGCUCAUUUGGCUAUAUAAGUACCAUUUUUAAUGACGUCUUACAACACCUUUAUCGUCGGUACAAAAGGCUAUUAGAGUGGCAUCCUUUACUUACUCAAGAACGCUGUAAAGCGUACGCCCAAAUCCUUGAAGCUCAGGGCGCUAUUCCUAGGGGCUGGGGUUGUAUUGAUGGGACUUUUAGGGCGACAUGUCGGCCAUCUAAAAAUCAACGUAUUGCCUAUUCAGGAUAUAAGAAACGCCAUGGCUUCAAAUAUCAAGGAAUCAUCACACCAGAUGGCAUGGUUCUCUCACUAAUUGGGCCCUUUGAGGCUACUUUUAUAUGGAGAUAUUGGAUAUCAGGGAUGUCCUUUUGUCCUAACACCAUUUCCGAAGAUUGGGGAAUUAUCUGCACGUCAAAUCGAGAUAAACGAUAG